CACACCGCGGUCGCACUGUUGCCGGCCAGUAACAUUUUAGUCGCGUCGCACGCACGACGUCUAUUCUAUUUUUAAAAUACCAGUUUGUAAAAGGAACACAAUAGAGAAGUACAGUGUUUGCGUGUUUCCCGCUAAUAUUUCAUUUGUCGCAAUGAGUAUGGUCGAAGAGUUGAUCGACGAGGUUGAAAAAAGGCCAAUGUUAUGGAACAGGCGUCACCUGGCACACUCGAAUCGAGCGAAAGUGGACAGAGAAUGGGGAGUUGUUGCGAAAAUUUUGCGCAGUGACAAAUACAAAGUGAAAAAUAAAUGGCGAAAUCUCCGAGACCAGUUCUUAAGAGAAGCAAAGAAACUUGCAGUACCUUCAUCAGGCACCAAUGAUCAGCCCCUGAUAUCCUUCUACAAAGGCAAAUGGAUGUACUUCGAGAGACUUCUGUUCAUGAAGGAAACAGUUGAUGACCAAAUCAAAAAGAGAAGGAAUUCUGCUACAGAAGAUGCAGAAGAGGAACUAGAUUUCUCGAAGCAAGUAAAAUUGGAAGAAAUAUCAAUCACUGAACAUUCAUUGCCGUCUGAGUUUUAUAACGAUUAUAUGAAUUCGUAUCAACAAAUUUACAAAACACAAAUCAGCGAAAUGAAACUGGAACCCGAGGAACCAGAAGAAGUUACCGUUUGUCCAACAAUAAAAAGGGAAAAUGAUUUAUCAGAAAAGAUAACAGUCUCAGAUGACGAUAGAAUAAAAAAUGAAGUGGAAAUCGAUGACGAUAUGCACUUUGUGAAAUCUUUAGUACCUUUUUUGAGAAAUUUAACUCCUGUGAGAAAGUUAAUGAUAAGGAAUGAAAUACAAAGUUUGCUGAUGAGGGAACUUAUCAAUGAAAAUCAGAAAACUUGCAGUUGCAAUAAGACAUAAAUAUUGACAUUUGAAGUUAUAAUAUCUAAUAGUGAUAUAUUUUUUUAAGUUAAGAGAAAAGUGAUAAAACAUCGUUAUUUUAAUAACAUUCUUCUCUAUAAAUAACAUUCUUCUCUAUAAAUCCUUCCUAAGUAUUAAUUAUUGUUAUGUUAAAGAUAGUUGUACAAAAGUCGAUUGCUUGGGUACCUAUGUUCCAUUCGUUUACUACCGUGAAGCAGUUGUGUUUGCAUGGCUGUGUUUCGGUUUGAAGGGUGGGAUAUGGCGUGAAUUUACUGGGUACAGAGGAAUAACACCUGAGUCCUCAGAAAUGGCAACGCAUGGGGGUAUCAUGGGCGAAACAGUAUACUCUGUUAUGUCCAUGAUACUGCUCAUGUCUAUAGGCGACGGUUACCACUUUCCAUCAGGUGGGCCGUCAGCUUGUUUGCCAUUCUAAGUUGUUUAAAAAAAACAAGUACUUAAUAAUUGAAAAAUAUGAAUUCUCAUUAUCGUUCUUUUGUUUUCAAAA